AUGAUGGCCAAGGGACACAAAGUACAACAUAAGUUGCGAGCGGCUCAGAGCAAUCUUGAGCGCAGUAGGAUAAAUCUUGAGAUAGCACAGGACGAAUUGACACAGGCCAAGACUGCAUACCACAACUGGAGAGCAGACAUUUUUGCCGAGACAGAAAAGGCUACAACGAUCAGGGAAAGCCUGCAGUUGGUCAAGCGGCACAAGAAGCACUAUGCGUUCUUGCAAACACUGGUGAAAGGUGGCCCUUUGAUGACAGAGAGACUCAUUGGCGCUGCAAAAGAUGCUGGGCUGAAGUUUGAGACUGGGCUUGGUGAGAAGGAAAUUUGA